AUGUACGCCCACUCUCAAUCCGUGAACAUUCCCCACCAGAUCGACGACUUGCCCGGCGGCGGCGGCGACGAAGAAGAUACUUCCGGAGCCCCCGAUUCGAUGGACCAGCACCAGCUUGAAAACAUUGGAUAUGACGAUGCUGCCGCAGCCGCAGGAGUCGUCGUCGACGACAUGUCUGCUGACUCUGUCUAUAUUUCCUCCAGUGGCGGCCCUGGGUCGGAGCUUCUUAUUCAUGGGGGUGAUAUCACCAACCAGCUUACUUUGACGUUUCGUGGCCAGGUGUAUGUGUUUGACGACGUCACUCCUGAUAAGGUUCAGGCAGUUCUGUUACUACUAGGAGGUUGUGAAAUAAAUUCUGGUCUGAAUGGUCUGGAACUGCCGCCUCAAGGUCAAAGGGGCACAUCUAUGGACUAUCCAGGCCGCUCGACACAACCUCAUAGAGCAGCUUCUUUGAAUAGAUUUAGGCAAAAGAGGAAAGAGCGAUGUUUUGACAAGAAGGUUCGAUAUAGUGUUCGCCAAGAGGUUGCCCAAAGGAUGCAGCGCAACAAAGGUCAGUUCACCUCAUCGAAGAAAGAUGGUACAUAUGGCUGGGACGGCAGUCAGGACUCAGGGCAUGAUGACAGCCAGCAAGAAACCUCGUGUACCCAUUGUGGCAUCAGUUCCAAAUCAACUCCAAUGAUGCGACGUGGUCCAUCUGGUCCCAGGUCUCUUUGCAAUGCAUGUGGGCUUUUCUGGGCAAACAGGGGAACACUGAGAGAUCUGUCCAAGAGAAACCAGGAUCAUGCUUCUUCGGCUCCAGUAGAGCAGAACCAGGCGGAAGCUGAAGCAAACAUGUUGGAGUCAGGAGGAGAUGGGACCCAUACCAACACUGAACAACUAGUUGUUUACUCAAAUGGCGAUGAGUCUGGUCUAAUUUCAGGAGAGCCCUGA